GACGUCUUACCCUGUGAUCCGGCAAAGAAGUCGAGGAUGCUCCAGCAGGAUCCAUAACCGUCCUGCAUUUAAAUCCAGGCCAUCUUCGCUCCUCGGCUUCCCCUUCUCUUCUCACUUGAAACUAUCUAACUUAUUCAUUUUCCCCUCCACUCCUGACUUCAGCGUGUUGCUGCUUCUCUGCUCAACCAACAUACCCCGCAUCAAUCCGGAAGGAUCUCUAGAGUUCCCCUUUCCCCGCCGAACCGAGGUUGAGAUAUCACGGUUUAUAUCGGGCGACUAUCAUCGACCUUCUCUGGUCACCAAACUCUCAAAGCAAGAAAUAUAAUACUCUAUCCCUCGAUCUAUCAUAAUGGCCGCAAACGGCAGCGCACCUCCUGUCGGACAGGAGAAGAUUAACACCGACAUUGUCACCCUGACCCGGUUCCUGACCGAGGAGCAGACGAAGCAUCCUCAAGCAACCGGUGACUUCACUCUUCUGUGCCACGCACUGCAGUUUGCCUUCAAGUCCAUCGCAUACUACAUCCGUCGUGCCUCCCUGAUCAACCUCACUGGUCUGGCUGGUUCUUCCAACACCACAGGCGAUGACCAGAAGAAGCUGGAUGUGAUUGGUAACGAUAUCUUUAUUUCCGCCAUGCGCGGAUCCGGAAAGGUCCGCAUCCUCGUGUCUGAGGAAGAAGAGGAGGCCAUCGUUUUCGACGAAAGCCCUCACGCCCGCUAUGCUGUGGUGUGUGAUCCCAUUGACGGUUCGUCCAACCUGGACGCUGGUGUCUCUGUUGGUACUAUCUUUGGCAUCUUCCAGCUCCCCGAGGAGGUCCUAGGUCCUAACAAGAAGGUCACUGCCAAAGACCUCCUGCGCCCGGGUACUGAGCUUGUCGCCUCUGGUUUCACCAUGUACGGUGCUUCAGCGCAGCUCGUCAUCACCAUGCGUGACAGCACUGUCAACGGCUUCACCAUGGAGAACUCGCUGGGCGAGUUCAUCCUUACCCACCCCAACAUGAAGCUGCCUCACACUCGCGCCAUCUACUCCGUCAAUGAGGGUAACAGCUGUUACUGGGCCGACUGGACCAAGGAAUACUUUAACGACCUCAAGUACCCUGGUGAGGGCAAGAAGCCCUACAGCGCCCGUUACAUCGGCAGUAUGGUUGCCGAUGCCUACCGUACCCUCCUGUACGGAGGUGUCUUCGCCUAUCCUUCCGACUCCAAGAGCCCCAAGGGCAAACUGCGUAUCCUGUACGAGUGUGCCCCGAUGGCCCAGAUCUUCGAGAACGCCGGUGGUCUGGCCGUCAACUCCCGCAUGGAGCGUCUCCUCGAAGUUGUACCAGAACACAUCCACGACAAGAGCGGAGUCUACCUCGGCUCCAAGGGCGAGGUUGAGAAGAUCAUCGAGAAGUACAACAAGUACAACAAAUAAACGAACCCAAAUCACGACCGCCCCAAAAAGUCUCAUGCGUGACUAGCACACACGCGAGCGCUUUUUCCCUUCGCAUAUGACGUGGUCUCUAUAUUCAACUUCUUUAUCAAAACUAUUUAUUUUUUAUGACUGGGAUAGGACCGAGCUGGAUCUACCGGGCCUACUAUACGCACUCUAUAUCUUAACGUUUAGUAUGUAUAUCCCUUGUGUAUAGAGACCUCGUUUUAAGGAAAUGCAAUCUAGAGAAGAAAAAAAAUUCUAUAAUAUUAUCAUCACAUCAUCAAAUCCUUUCGUAAGAGCCCUGCCAAUGUAGCACGUACUAUUGUAGUAAAUUGCGUACGUACUUACUCUAGAUACGCACAACUUGGAAGAGUUGGUUACGCA